GCUGGCACUGGGUCAGACAUUGGAUCGUCUGGCUGGACAGCGGGCAUCGGGUCACCCGGCAUCAGGUCAUUUGGCUCGACCGCGGGCACCGCAUCAUCUGGCAAGGCAGUGGGCUCCGAGUCAACUGGUAUGACCGCGGGCACUGGGUCAGACAUUGAAUCGUCUGACUGGACAGCGGGCAUCGGGUCACCAGGCAUCAGGUCAUUUGGCUCAACAGCGGGCACCGCGUCAUCUGGCAAGGCAGUGGGCUCCGAAUCAACAGGCACGACAGUGGGCACCGGGUCAUCAGGUACCGGAUUGUCUGGCUCGACAGCGGGCACUGGGUCACCAGGCAUCAGGUCAUUUGGCUUGCCAGCGGGCACCGCGUCAUCUGGCAAGGCAGUGGGCACCGGGUCACCAGGCAUUGGAUCGUCUGGCUCGACAGCGGGCAUCGGGUCACCAGGCAUCAGGUCAUUUGGCUCGCCAGCGGGCACCGCGUCAUCUGGCAAGGCAGUGGGCACCGAGUCACCAGGUACGACAGCGGGCUCUGAGUCAAUUGGCACGACAGCGAGCACCGGAUCAGGUACCGGAUCAUCUGGAUCAACAGCGGGCAUCGAGUCAACUGGCCUAAUAGGAUCAUCAGGCUGGAUCAGUUCAUCAUGCUGGGUAGGGGCAUCAGGCUGAAUGCCGGCGUCCGGCUGAGUAGAGG